AUGAAUCCGGUUCCCAGCAGGAUGCUCCGCGCAGGGUCGGCUCGUCCUCCAGCCACAGCUAGAGCCAGAAGGACCAGGGCCGACCUGGCACCUCGGGCCGCCAGCGGCCAGCUCCAUCAGUCCCAGUCCGGAGAUUUCCCGGGGAUUGGCUAUAUAACCACAAAAGCCUUUACUGAGGCAUUGGCCUCCUUUGAAGCAUUGAAAUUAGCAUUGUUCACUCACACACACACAUCUGCCCUCAAUUUACCCAAUUUUGGAGUGGGAGACUGGUUCAACAGAACAUGGAUCUGUGUGUUCAUAUUUGUUCUUUUCUGCUUAUUUGUCCUACUCUUCUUCUCUCCACAGCAAUUGACCCAACACCUUAUCAAUGAAACUUCAUGUCAAGUUGCAAAUUAUUCCCAGGGACUGACAACCCAUCAGAGUGACACAAAGACUACCUUAACCUGA